AUGAUGUGUGAUUUAGAUAGAUCCUCUUUGAGUAAAAAUUCUACAAUUUUAAAAGCUUUAAUGAGCACUGAUAACGAAAAUAAAUUUUAUUAAGGAUUUUCCAUUUCUAUUAUAGGAAGUUUCUUAUAUAGGGGUAUUUAAUAUGGUGUAUAUGAUUUAUUAGUCAAUAUGGGAUUAUCUUAAUGGUAUUUAUAAGUUCCUUUGAGUAUUUCUCUUACUUUAUUUGCUUAAUGUACUACUUAUCCCAUUGAUACUAUUAGAAGAUAUCUUAUGGUUACUGGAACUUAAUUCUAGGUUGAAUAUGGAAAACCUACUGAUAUUAUUAGAAGGAUGUAAUUGGCGGAAAGUGGGUAACUACUCUAUGGGAUAGAAUAUUAAAUUGGUAAGAGUAUUGUUUCAGGGCUGUUUAUGUUCACUUAUAAAGGUUUAGAAUAAGGGUUUUUUAAAUAACCGGAUAUUGAAGGAGGAUAUUAAAUUUGA